AGUAGGAGGAGAAGGAGUGAUAGAGAAAGAGAAAAACUCUGGUCUACUGUCAGAGGACAUAAGGAUCGCGUGCGGCAUGAUGGCAGAGUGUGUGAGAGCAUGCAGUGUGUCAGGGGUUCCUGAGGGGCCGUACCGGGCGGUGCAGUGCGCAGACGGUCUGGUGCAGGAGGAGUUCGAGGGCGUGAACACACUGGACAAACUGUUCCGUUACGCAGUGAGCAGAUACGCAGACGGCCCCUGUGUGGGGAGCAGGGAAGUCCUCUCAGUGCACAAUGAGACGCAGCCCGGCGGAAAGGUCUUCCAGAAGCUGGUCCUGGGAGAGUAUAAGUGGAAGUCAUAUGUGGAAGUGGAACAGGAAGUGAAUCGCCUGGGCAGUGGCCUGGCUGCUUUGGGUCAAAGGUCACGCAGCUCCAUCGCCAUCUUCUGUGAGACAAGAGAGGAGUGGAUGAUCACAGCACAGGCCUGCUUCAGGUUCAACUACCCCUUGGUGACACUCUAUGCUACACUAGGUGAAGAUGCUGUUGCAUUUGGGCUGAACCAGUGUGAAGCCACACACCUCAUCACUAGUAAGGAACUGCUGGAAACAAAGCUGAAGGCGGUGUUGCCGGAUGUUGCAGGGCUGAAGCAUGUGAUCUACGUGGGCAGUGGGGGUGUGUCAGUGGGAGAUUACCCACAAUCCCUCAUCAUCCACAGCUUACAGGAAGUGAUGGAUCUCGGAGCCAAACCUGAAAACUUGAGUGUGCAGUGUGAUCCUCCCUCUCCGUCUGAUCUUGCAGUAGUGAUGUACACUAGCGGCUCUACAGGUCGUCCUAAAGGAGUGAUGAUGCAUCACAGUAACCUCAUCGCUGGAAUGGCCGGCCAGUGCCAGAGGAUUCCGGGUCUCGGACCUGAGGACACGUACGUUGGUUAUCUUCCACUGGCUCAUGUUCUGGAGCUGACAGCUGAAAUGUCUUGUCUGAGUCAUGGCUGCCGGGUUGGAUACUCGUCACCACACACACUUUCAGACCAGUCCAGUAAAAUACAACGAGGCUGUAAGGGAGACUGCACUGUGCUCAAACCCACUCUGAUUGCUGCUGUUCCAGAGAUUAUGGACCGUAUCUAUAAGAAUGUGAUGAGUAAGGUAACAGAGAUGAGCACACUACAGCGGGUGUUAUUUAACAUGGCCUACAGAUACAAAGUGCAGCAGCUGGAGCACGGAGCGGAUACACCUAUAUGUAACACGAUGGUGUUUAGGCGUGUAUCCAUGAUGCUGGGUGGGUGUGUGAGGUUGAUGCUUAGUGGUGGAGCUCCUCUCUCUCCUGACACACACCGCUUUAUAAAAGUGUGUUUCUGUCCUGUCGCCAUCGGUUACGGCCUCACAGAGACAUCUGGAGCAGCAACCAUUUCUGAGUUUACUGAUUAUACCACAGGACGGGUCGGAGCGCCACUCAUCUGCUCAGAGGUUAAACUACGAGACUGGCCUGAGGGAGGUUACACCAGUCAGGAUAAGCCCCACCCCCGGGGCGAGAUUCUGAUAGGUGGGCCGAAUGUUGCUAUGGGUUACUACGGUAAUAAUGGUGAGAGUGAGAAUGGGGAAUUCUGGGUAGACAAGGCGGGUCAGCGCUGGUUCUGUACCGGUGAUGUGGGGGAGGUCCAUCCUGACGGCUGCCUGCAGAUAGUCGACCGCAAGAAGGACCUGGUGAAGCUACAGGCGGGUGAAUAUGUGUCUCUGGCCAAAGUAGAGGCAGCGCUGAAGAACUGUCCACUGAUCGACAACAUCUGUGUCUACGCUAACAGCAAUCAGAACUAUGUCAUCAGCUUUGUGGUGCCCAAUCAGAAGCAGCUGACUGAGCGGGCCAAUAAGAAUGGGAUUAAAGGUGAGUGGGAGGAGCUCUGUAAUCAUCCCACACUGGAACAGGAAGUACUAAGAACUAUCAAAGAGGUUGCAACAACAAAUAAGCUGCAGAGGUUCGAGGUUCCCAUGAAGGUGCGUCUCAGUUCUCAGGUCUGGACUCCGGAGACAGGACUGGUUACUGAUGCCUUCAAGCUGAAGAGAAAAGAAUUACAGACACACUACAAAAAUGAUAUCGAUAGGAUGUAUGGAGCUUAAUAACACACACACACACACACACACACACACACACAAUCGGUAUCUAAGUGCCGCCCCCUGGUGGAUCCAUAAACAUAACCCUUCAUGUUCUAGAUGGUGGCCAAAGUGAACCACUUAUUGUUUAUAAGAACAAACAGGAAGAAUUAGGUUUUUUUUAUUAUAUAAACAUUUCAUAUAAAGUUAUAAUUAAUAAAAUUCUCGUAGUUUUCAUUUCAAAUAAAGUCUCAAAUUUCUUCUGCAGGAGUGAGGUCCUCAGUAUUGUGCACAGUGUCCGUGACAUUAAUGUAAAGACGAUGGGUUACUAUUCCUCUGAUUGACAUUUCUGACAUUUAAUAGAUAAUUUUAUUUUGUGAUUAUAUUUAUAUAGAUUGUGAUGUGUGUGUGUGUGUGUGUGUGUUGAGUUGGGGUAUGUGUGUGAGUGAGAAUCUAGCUGUUCUGGACCAACUGGAAAGAUCAGGUGUAAAACAGUGGUUCAUAGCAGAGGUUUAACUGCUUUAAUAAAUGUAACCCAAAGGCCCUACUGUAGAAAAGCUGUAAAACGGUAAAAUAAGUUCUAAUGUUCCUUUUGGUGUUCCCGGGUGAUGCUGUAACCUCUCGCAGUCGGAGGUCUAGAGAGAGCUGAUUGGCCGAGCCCUUUCAGAGGGGAGGGAUGAGAGGUACUUAGUGCUGUAAGUACAUUAAUCACGGCUCUACAGCCAAUCAGAGGCGUCUGUGAGCUCGCGCACGCGGAAGGAGCGGAUAGCGCUGUCCUUCAAGUGUGUUACUCCGCCCCUAACGGUGCGUGAGCGAGCAGUUCAAAAAGAUGCGGUCGGCUGGCGUCACGCGGUUCGGAGGAAACGUGAUAGUCUUCGGCCUCCCGACUGAGUGGUAGAAGUAGCCUUAAUGUGGAGCCCCCUAGUGACGGGGAGGAAUUGGCUACGACUAAAUUAGGGAGAAAAUCUGAAAAAAAAAAAUGUUCCUUUUGGCAAUUUUAUAAACGAAAUGUAUUUUUAAUUGAUCAUAUAUUUAUUUUAAUAAAGUUUUUUUUUUCAUUUGUCUGAACCAGGUCUUGUUGCCUUUUAAAAUGUGUGCACUUUUGCUAAGCAGUGACUUUUAUAAACAAUAAAAAACACUUUGCUUAAGA